AUGGUGUCCGCAUCCGUAAUUCCUUCAGGACUCAAUCGAAUCUCACAGCACAUGCAGCAAUACCCAGCGCUUCAGAAGACCAGUGCUCGAGUGUCGUACCAGAAACCAUAUUUGGUAGUUGCAGGGGUUCUUCAAAUGAUCAAGUCCGUUGAAAUUUACUGCUCUGCGCGCCGGCUACUAGGCCCUUGGACCGAGUUAGGUUACGUUCGAAUUGGAAAGCACAAUAACAGGUUGUCAUCUCCCCCGGCGGCAGGUGCACCGCAGUCGCACUCUCAAGACAACUACAGCUGCGCUAUCUCUCACCUUGAUGCAAGCAGAUCAAUCUUGCGACUCGAGACAGUCGGAGACAAGACUUUUGCGGGUGAAGCGCAGCAAGAGAGACUGCGUGCGCAGAUUGAAUGGCAUAUGCUGUAUGCUAAUGGAAUAGUGGGGCUUGAGUCGAGUCAGAGCCUGCCUUCUAACUUGACUCGGAUGACAAUGAUGCCGAUACUGCGGUGCCACUGUGAGCCACACGGACAAAAUAUGAUGUUAUCUGCUAUGCAGUAUAAAACGAGCUCUAUCAUCUUCGCUGCUACCACUGAAAAUGUACAAAUCAUCGUCUACAUCUUCAAUCACCUUGACCAACGCAUCUUCCAACACAUCCUCAGAAGCUUUGCUCAAGUCACAAAAGACAAAAAGCAGACUUCCCUCGGGCAGUCCCAGCCAAAAAAUUAUGAAGCGGCCUUUGGAGCGCUUCAAGCGUCGUAUGGGUUUGGAUCGUUUCCAGGCUCUACGCGCUCCAGUAAAUAG